CGCAGAGGGCGGCUGGCGGGAUGGCCACGGUGAAGGAGAAGGCGGCAGCUUUGAAACUCGGCGCGGUGUACAGUCCGGCUAAUAAGCCCCCAGGUUUCAGUGUGGCACAAAGACCAUUUGGAGCCACUUAUGUCUGGAGCAGCAUUAUCAAUGCACUUCAGACCCAAGUUGAAGUGAAGAAACGGCGUCAGAAUCUGAAAAGCUACCGUGACUGUUUUAUUGGUUCUGAUGCUGUGGACGUGGUCUAUGCCCAUCUUCUCCAGAACAAAUACUUUGGGGAUGUGACUAUUUCCAGGGAGAAAGUUGUACGAGUGUGUCAGGUGCUAAUGGAUUACAAGGUGUUUGAGGCGGUUUCAACCAGAGUCUUUGGAAAAGAUAAACGGCCUGUGUUUGAAGAUAGUAGCUGCAGCCUCUAUAGGUUCCCAAAUACUGCCAAUCAAGUGGAUAGCCACUUUGGGAAAGAUUGUGGCCACGUUAUACAUCAAAGACAGGAGAAAAGAGCAUUACACAGCACAACACCAGUGAAAUCGGAAAGUCUGGAGGAUAUCUUAGAAAACUUGAGUCUAAAGCCUGUUUCUUCUCAAGUAAAUAUUUCCUCAAAAUUGUCUCGUCAAGUUAUUAACGAAGUCUGGAGAGAGCAAACAAUUGCCCGCCUUCUGCAGCUUAUAGACCUUCCACUACUUGACUCUUUACUUGACUACCAAAAGACAGGAUGUAGUUUUCCACAAACAAAGCCAGAAUUGGAAUACAAAAUCACCAGCAACUACCUGGACCGAGAGAUUUUGAAAGCCUUUGGUGACUCUCAGAUGGAUGAAUGGCUGUCAGCAGCAAUAGACUGUUUGGAAUACCUCCCAGAUCCGAUGGUGGUUGAUGUAAGCCGAAAUUUACCUGAUCGACUUGACAAAGCACAUAUGAGGAAGCUAAUGCUCUUUGAGGCCAUUGGCAGAUACUAUAGCCAAAAGAAGGAGCCACUCUUAAAUCAUGCACCGGAUAUCCACCUUGGAAUUGCAGAGCUGCUAGUUAAUGGAAAGAUGGAUCAAGCUUUAGAAGCAAUUCAGCUCUACUUAAAGUUGUUGGAUAGCCCAACGCGAGAGGAAUUUAGGAGGCUACUUUAUUUCAUGGCUGUUAUAGCUCAGAAUUCUGAACCAAAGUUGAAUACAGAAAGUGACAAUCGGAUGGCUGUAAAAAGAGUGUUCUCUAAAGCUAUAGUCAACAAUAAAAAUUUAUCUAAAGGGAAAACAGAUCUUCUGAUUUUGUUCUUGGUGGACUAUCAAAAAGAUGUCUUGAAGAUUCCAGGGUCAUUGCAUAAAAUGGUUAGCGAUAAGCUUCUAGCUGUACAACAUGGAGGAGAUCCCAGCCUGAAUACAGGAUAUACCUUCUGCCAGAGGCUUGAUGAAAGUGAUUAUCACUACAGUGCCAAGAUGACUACAAAAGAGGAACUUUUAUCUUUGCUAAAAACUAUUGAUGAGGACUCCAGUCUCUCUGCCAAAGAACGAAAGAAGUUGCUAGAUCAGUUCUAUACUAGUAAUCCAGCAAUCUUUUUGCAGUAUUUUCAUGAGAAAGCUACUGACAAGGCUGUGUAAUUUUAGGCCAGGUAAUCAUGAUAGAUGCCUUAGUUUUGUAUCAUUUUAUGCUGUUUAUUUGCACUUAAAUAAAAUUGUUUUGUAAAUAUACUUGAAAUACCCUAUCAUAACACUAUUUAAAAGAAUUAAACCUGUUGAUGAUCUCUUAGUGUUCAGAAA